UGCUGCUACAGUGCAGUCGUCCAGCAAGUGGAGCUCUCCUCUGGCUGCAGUAGCCCGGAGCCCAGAGACACAGCACAGCCACCAACAGGAGCAGGGAAGGGGAGACACUAGCGCACAGAGCCAAUCCAGCAACACACACACACACGCACACGCACACAGAGGCAGGCACUCCUUCUCUCGCACCACACCGUUCUGCGCAGCGCCUUCACUCGUUCGCUUGUUCACUCACUCUCUCACUCACCCCUCCGCCAGAUUUCUCCCUCGUUCCACUCUGCUCUGCCUGAGAAUGGUCCAGCCGGUGCCUGGGGCUCUUCUGUCGUGGCCUGUCUGAACACACACAAACACACACAUACUCAACAGACACACAGGUGUGCGAGCACAAACCGAACAGCAAUGUGAGAGAGGAAGUGCCUUCCCUGACAUCUGCUGCAGCUUCGAUCCGCUUCUAGAGCAGAAGCUCCGCCCCCCCCCCCCCCCCCCCGCCUCGCUUGCUGCCACGAUAACGCGAGCUCAAGGAUACCAACCACACCCCUCGUCACGGCCCACACCUAAAAAAUCCACGCCCAGACCUGCACCAGCUCCAGCCCCAUCAUCACCAGGCUUACUGCCCUAAGCCUUCACCUGCCCUCCCGUUCCACCCUACCCUACAAAGACUCUCUCCUUCUGGGCCCAGCCUCUCACUUUCAGACGCGUCAGUGUCUCUAAUCUCCAUUGAUCUCCAUUCAGUCACAGCCUACAGCACUGUUACAGUCAGGAAAGAAGGAUCUGAAGAGUGAACUUUCCCUCUGGGUUACAUGCUGGAUUGUUGGUGAGAUACAAGUUGAGACAAACAGUAGUAGAGUCAUUCUCUGCACAGAUCAUUAUCUGUUGAGUGUGUUCUCAAUGCUUUAAGGAAGAUAAUAACACACACACACAACAAUUUUACAACACAUUUCACCUAUCGUCUUGAUACAUCCACUUGGAUCUUUCAGAAGAGGAAGGUGUAGGGGAUAUAUCCAACCAAAGGGGACACACACCAACACACACAUCACGCUUUAGCCCGAUUCGGACGGAUUACUAUUAUUUUCCUGGACUGUCUUUGUCGCCAUGGCGCACAUGAACAUGGCGCACAUGCGGGACACAAAAUGGCUGACACUGGAGGUGUGCCGGGAGUUCCAGAGAGGCACGUGCUCACGCUCCGACCAGGAGUGUAAGUUCGCCCACCCGGCCAAGAGCUGCCAGGUGGAGAAUGGACGAGUCAUCGCCUGCUUCGACUCCCUCAAGGGCCGUUGUUCCAGGGAGAACUGUAAGUACCUGCACCCUCCUGGCCACCUAAAGACCCAGCUAGAGAUCAAUGGCAGGAACAACCUAAUCCAACAGAAGAACAUGGCCAUGCUGGCCCAGCAGAUGCAACUCGCAAACGCCAUGAUGCCCGGUACACAGCUACAGCCUAUGGUUAGUCUCUAUGACCUGGUCCAAGACAGCAACAGGUUCAGUUUACAUCAACCUAUGUUCUCUAUGGCACCAGGCCUGGCCACCAAUGCCAGCGCGGCGGCAGCAGCCUUCAACCCGUACCUGGGCCCGGUAUCGCCUGGCCUGAUGCAGGCAGAGAUCAUGCCCAGCCCGCAGGUCCUCAUGGCAGGCCACCCCAACCAUGGCCAGGUCCCCAAUGCUGCAGCCGCAGCUGCACAGAAACUCAUGAGGACAGACAGACUGGAGGUGUGUCGUGAGUACCAGCGGGGCAACUGCUCCCGGGGGGAGAACGACUGCCGCUUCUCCCACCCCUCCGACAGCACCAUGAUUGACACCAACGACAACACGGUCACCGUGUGUAUGGACUACAUCAAGGGCCGCUGCUCCAGGGAGAAGUGCAAGUACUUCCACCCUCCGGCCCACCUGCAGGCCAAGAUCAAGGCUGCACAGCAUCAGGUGAACCAGGCCACUGCCGCCGCAGCCAUGACUCAGUCGGCUGUCAAAUCACUGAAGCGACCCCUCGACGCAACCUUUGACCUGGGGAUCCCCCAUAGUGUCAUGCCACCCAUGCCCAAGCGGGCAGCCAUGGAGAAGCCUAAUGGGGCUUCUGCCAUGUUCAACACCGGCAUGCUCCAGUACCAACACGCCUUGGCCAACAUGCAGUUUCAGCAGCAGGCUGCCUUCCUCCCCUCAGGCUCAAUAUUCUGCAUGACCCCCACCGCCGGUGUUGUACCCAUGAUGCACGGUGGUACGCAAGGGUCUGCAGCCACCACAUCUGGCACAAGCGGUCCCUUCGCAACCUCCUCAGCCAAUCAGGACUCUUCCUUAUCAAAGUUGACUACCAACGAAUACAUGCAAUUGAUUCCAAUCAUUUCUGCCGAUCAUCUGAGUAGUCACAAGUAUCUGACUCAAAUGUAGUUCGAGUCAAGAACAAUCAAAUGACUGUGUGCUGGCACUGUACAAGCCUAAAUAAUUCAGCCUUUUUGUAUAUAAUGUUCAGAAUGUCAAGCAAUGGACAGGAGGAGAAUCGGUCAUCAUCUCUCAGUCGCUCCGCAAUGCUGUUCUUGUCACACAUGCCAACAUCGGUGUGCCCAGUCGAUGCCCUGACACACAUACAUGCACACACACACACACAGACACACACACCUCCUUGUCCUCCAAGUCAACACCCAGCUGAGAAGAGGAGUGUCUGUCUAUCCAUGCUGACAGACAGACACUGAGUACAUUCACAAUACACCUGUGUGUUCAAAAACAUUUAUUUUUUUACAUUUUUUGCACACACACGAGGCUGAGAGCGAGAUGUUGUGGCGUCUAACGUACAGAAUACUGUGUUGGUACCUCGGUAGACCAAGACAGCAUUUUUUUUAUUUGUUUUGUUUUUAAAUUAAUACAUGCAAAUGUGCACCUUGAAUUUGAAUUGAAAUCAGAAAGGCACAACACAUUUUAGCAUGUACAGUUUUCUGUUUUUAAAAAGGCUUCGAGUGAAGCUAGAUGAUAAAAUGAGGGUCAGGGACAUAUGAAUGUUCUGGGUAAGAAACACACCUGUGUACCUUUUGAAGCACAACCAUGCUAGCUUUAACCACCUAAUGUGUGCCAUAGAGGCCAUACAUCCCAAACCAGAGUGUUAUUUCAGCAGUGUUAUUCUGUUUACCUAAGAUAUGUGUUUUUAUGGCUCGAGUUUUGUUUUUUACAUCAUUUCUCCAUUGUGUAUUUUCUUUAUAUAUAUAUUGUGCCAUUUGAUUUUUUUGGUUGAUAUUAGGAAUGGGUUCCUCUCCAGCCUUUGAUCUCUCUUGCAAUGAAAAAAAAAAAAAAAAGAG